CUUUGUCUUUGUUCAGGAGCCUAAGGUUGCUUGCUGAUCACAAGAAGAUGUUUCUGUGGCUCUUUCUGGUUCUGUCAUCUCCAGUUUCUUCUACAACUGCAGAUGCUGAUAUAUCUGUGGAAAUUUGCAAUGUUUGCUCCUGUGUGUCGGUUGAGAAUGUACUCUAUGUCAACUGUGAGAAGGUUGCAGUCUACAGACCAAAUCAGCUUAAGCCGCCAUGGUCUAAUUUUUACCACCUCAACUUUCAAAACAACUUGCUAAUUAUUCUAUAUCCAAAUACCUUUCUUAACUUUACACACGCAGUGUCCCUGCAGUUGGGUAAUAAUAAGCUGCAGAACAUUGAGGGAGGGGCCUUUCUGGGUCUUAGUGCAUUAAAACAGUUGCACUUGAACAACAAUGAAUUAAAGAUUCUCCGAGCUGACACUUUCCUGGGCAUAGAGAACUUGGAGUAUCUCCAAGCUGACUACAAUUUAAUCAAGUUUAUUGAACGGGGAGCCUUCAAUAAGCUUCACAAGCUGAAAGUCCUGAUCCUUAAUGACAAUCUGAUUUCAUUCCUUCCCGAUAAUAUUUUUCGAUUUGCUUCUCUAACCCAUCUGGAUAUACGAGGGAAUCGAAUACAGAAGCUUCCAUACAUUGGAGUUCUGGAACACAUUGGGCGAAUUGUCGAAUUGCAGCUGGAAGACAAUCCCUGGAAUUGUACUUGUGAUUUGUUGCCUUUGAAAGCAUGGCUGGAGAACAUGCCCUAUAAUAUCUAUAUUGGAGAAGCUAUCUGCGAAACACCCAGUGACUUGUAUGGAAGGCUGCUGAAAGAAACCAAUAAGCAAGAGCUGUGCUCCAUGGGAACAGGGAGUGAUUUUGACGUACGCAUUCUCCCUCCCUCUCAGCUGGAGCCUGGUUACAGCACUCCAAAUGGUCACACCACUCAAACAUCAGUGCACAGAUUAGUCACAAAGCCACCGAAGACUACAAAUCCUUCGAAGAUCUCGGGGAUAGUAGCAGGCAAAGCACUGUCUAAUCGCAACCUCAGUCAAAUUAUAUCCUAUCAGACCAGGGUGCCUCCUUUAAGUCCUUGCCCGGUUCCCUGCGUUUGCAAAACACAUCCUUCUGACUUGGGAUUAAGUGUAAAUUGUCAAGAAAGAAAUAUAGAGUCAAUGGCUGAACUCCUACCAAAGCCAUUAAAUGCCAAGAAAUUGCAUGUAAAUGGCAAUUAUAUUAAGGAUGUGGACACUAUGGAUUUCGUUGAAUUUGAGGGGCUGGAUUUACUCCAUUUAGGCAGCAAUCGGAUUUCGGCGAUCAGAGGAGAAGUUUUCCGCAACCUUACAAAUUUACGGAGGUUGUAUCUCAAUGGCAAUCAGAUAGAGCGCCUGAGCCCAGAAAUGUUUGCUGGCCUCCACAACCUGCAAUAUCUAUAUUUGGAAUACAAUGUUAUCAAAGAAAUCUUAGCAGGCACCUUUGACUUGAUGCCAAACUUGCAGUUGCUCUACCUGAACAACAACCUUCUGCGAAGCUUGCCAGCAUACAUUUUUGCCGGGGCACCACUUGCCAGGCUGAAUCUGAGGAACAAUCAUUUCAUGUAUUUACCUGUAAGUGGCGUUCUUGAUCAGCUGAAAUCCCUUACGCAAAUUGAUUUGGAAGGUAAUCCAUGGGACUGCACUUGUGAUUUAGUUGCUUUGAAACUGUGGCUUGAAAAAUUAAACGAAGGUAUUGUGGUGAAGGAAUUAAAGUGUGAAACACCUGUACAGUUUGCUAACAUUGAACUUAAGUCUCUGAAAAAUGAGAUCCUCUGUCCUAAACUUUUAAACAAGCCAUCUGCUCUGUUCACUAGUCCUGUGCCCGCUGUCUCUUUUACAACACCACUGGGACCAGUUAGGAGUCAUCCUGGUGGCCCAGUUCCGUUGUCCAUCCUAAUCUUAAGCAUAUUAGUUGUGCUUAUUUUAACAGUGUUUGUUGCUUUUUGUCUUCUUGUUUUUGUGCUUCGGCGCAACAAGAAACCAACUGUAAAGCAUGAAGGGAUUGGAAAUCAAGAAUGCAGUACUAUGCAACUGCAGCUAAGAAAGCACGAUCACAAGUCAAACAAAAAAGACGGAUUAGGCGCAGAGGCCUUCAUUCCUCAAACCAUUGAGCAGAUGAGCAAAAGUCAUACCUGUGGCUUAAAGGAGUCUGAAACGGGCUUCACGUUUGCUGAUCCACCAGGGCAAAAAGUCAUUCUGAGAAAUAUGAAUGACAAGGAGAAGGAUUUAUUGCAUGUGGAUUCCAGAAAAAGACUUAGCACAAUCGAUGAACUGGAUGAGUUAUUCCCUGGGAGGGAUUCCAAUGUAUUUAUUCAAAAUUUUCUCGAAAGUAAAAAAGAGUACAACAGCAUAGGGGUGAGUGGCUUUGAAAUACGUUACCCAGAGAAACAGCAAGACAAAAAAAACAAGAAAUCUCUAAUAGGUGGUAAUCAUAGUAAAAUUGUAGUAGAACAAAGGAAAAGUGAAUAUUUUGAACUAAAAGCUAAACUUCAAGGUUCACCUGACUACCUACAAGUCCUUGAAGAACAAACAGCUUUGAAUAAAAUAUAGGUCAUGCAAUCUAAUUGCCUACAGAGGACAUUUAUUUAAUGAUGAAAGUGCCUUUUGUUGACUUCUAACUUCCAAAUACUAUAUUAUAUUGGUAGGCAUAGAGGCAGGUGUAUCCGAGGGUGUCUGAUUAACUGUAGCUGCAUAUGAUUUGUCAAUUAGAGGAGAAUUUCCUUAGUAGAUUUUACUACAUAAAGCUCAUGCCCCGUGGAAUCCUGUAGGGAUACUGCAAACUCUAUUGCCAAAGGGAUGCUUUAUACACGUUACACUGAAUUUAACCUCAAGAGGCAUAUAUGUUUUGUACCUUAAAUGCAAAACCAUCGUCUCCUUGUGAUUUGUUAGAGCAAACACAAGAAACUUGGUACUGGUGUUCAUACCUCAGCUGGGUCCUUCAUCCUGCACGUGGAUUUAAGUUGGUGGAACUGGAGUAAUCCUUUUGUGGUGUUGUAAUGGCACUGUUUAAAGAUUAUCUGAAAAGUAACAAGCAUGCAAAGAGAGAACAUUCGAUAGUAUGUGUAAAUUGGUUACAUUUAUGGCCUGCAUCUUGAAACCACUGGAAUUAUAAUGUUAAAUUGUGCAAAUAUUUGUUUAAAAUAUACCAUGAAUUACAUACCUGUGAAAUAAAUUUGACCACUUGAAGCAUACAUGUCUAUACAUAACAUUAAAAAAAAAAAAAAAAA